AUGUGGGACCUUACAGAGGAUCAGACUGCUGAAUUCAAGGAGGCCUUCCUUGACCACACGGGGUAUGGAAAGAUCUUAUACAGCCAGUGUGGGAACGUGAUGGGGGCCCUGGGCCAGAACCCCACCAAUGCUGAGGUGCUCAAAGACUUAGGGAAUCCCAAGAGUGCUGAGAUGAAUGUGAAGGUGCUGGACUUUGAACACUUCCUGACAAUGCUGCAGACCGUAGCAAAGAAUAAGGACCAGGGCAUAUAUGAAGGCUACAUAAAAGGGCUUCCGGUGUUUGAUAAGGAAGGGAACGGCACAGUCGUGGGGGCUGAAAUACGGCACGUCCUCAUCGCUCUGGGUGAGAAGAUGACAGAGGAAGAAGUGGAAGUGUUGGUAGCAGGGCAUGAGGACAGCACUGGUUAUAUCAACUAUGAAGAGCUAGUCUGGAUGGUGCUGAACGGCUGA